AGUCUUCCAUAGAGCCGAAGACACACCCACCCAGCCGCUUCUUUCUGCGUCGUAUCAUUGAACUACGGCGAAAAAAGGGCUUUUGGGUUUUUUCCUUCUGCUUCCUCAAAGUCAAAAUCUCAUCUCUCACUCUCAGUUAGUCGCCGGGAACUCCUAAAGAACUCCGAAACUUAUCCCAAAAGAUUCUGAAUUCUGAGACCAGCUUUGCAAACUGUAGCAGCAAAAGACGAAACCUUUGAAUUUUAAGGGAAGCUUUUGAGUUUCUCUUGGGUUACUUAGAGGAUAGCUGAUUUUUGAAUCUGGAGUGUUGCUUGUGUUGAUUGCUUAAUUUGGCUAUGGCUGCACCCACCGUUCGUAGUAGUGGCAGCAGCUUCUCUCGCAAUAUAUCAGUUGUGUCAUCACCUCAGAUACCUGGUCUCAAGUGCGGUCCUAAUGGCACAACCUUUAUAUCAACUGGAAUUCGUGAUCUUGACAGGAUAUUAGGUGGUGGCUAUCCUUUAGGGAGCUUAGUAAUGGUGAUGGAAGAUCCUGAAGCACCGCAUCAUAUGGAUCUCUUAAGAACUUUCAUGUCUCAGGGUCUUGUUAACAACCAACCACUUCUUUAUGCUAGUCCUUCGAAAGAUCCGAGAGGGUUUCUUGGCACUUUGCCGCAUCCUGGAUCGUCUAAAGAGGAUAAUAAGCCUACUGCACCCGAGCCUGAUCAGGGAGAAAGCUUGAGGAUCGCUUGGCAGUAUAGGAAGUAUUUGGAAAACCAGAAGAAUUCUGUUGAUGAUUACUCCAAUGACUUUGAUAUGAGAAAGCCCUUGGAGAGGCAAUUUCUUAGCGGGCGGCCGAUAGAUUGUGUCAGUCUGUUAGACUCUUCGGAUCUUUCUGUUGCUCAAGACCACUGCACUACUUUUUUAUCAAAAUUUCCAAGAAACAGUAAUAACAUUGCAUCCGUUGGUCGCAUCGCAAUCCAGUCAUUCUGCUCUCCCUUGUGUGAAUAUUCUGAAAAGGAAACAGACAUGCUUUCGUUUAUAAGACUGUUGAAAAGUAUGUUGAUGGUUUCAAAUGCGGUAGCCAUUGUCACUUUCCCGCCUUCCCUGCUCUCCCCAUCUUCCUCAAAAAGACUGCAGCACAUGGCGGACACCUUACUCUCUAUCAAAGCAAUCCCAGAUGGUGACAAGGAAUUGGAGAAACUCCUCACUGGCUACAAAGACAUAAAUGGAUUCCUCAACAUACACAAGGUUGCUCGUAUCAAUACACAGGUGCCUGUAAUUCUUGAGGCAAAAACCUUCUCAAUGAGCUUGAAGAAGAGAAGAUUCUUGGCUCUAGAGUGUCUGAAUCAAGCCCCUGUAGACGGGUCCAGUGGAACAUCAUAUGGUACAUCGGGGAGCUGCUCAGGAUCAUCCAAAUCCGGAGCACUCGAUUUUUGAGUUGCUGAGUUAGUCUUUCUUUACUUCUUCUUCUUAAGGCUUUUGAUUGAGUUCUCUCAUGAACUAAGAAAUUUACAUUAGAGUGUUUGGUCUUAAAAAACAGUUUUGACCUUGUCCAAAAUAGAAUUAAAGGUGUAUUGUACGAUGAAAUCUAAUUGACUUCAUAUUGUCUUA